AUGCACGCAUACCAGCAGACGGGCCUCCCCCUCCUCUCGCUGUGGCUCCGCCCCCAGACGCUCCUCUCCCAGAUAAAAGCGCAGGUCCCUGGCUCAGCUCCACACUCCUGCCCUCUGCUUCCAGAGAACACCCCGCACUCACGCACUAACCUCACAAACAUGAGUCCAAGCAUCACGAGCGGCCGCACUGUGGCGCAGCGCAAACAGGCGCAUGAACUCCGAAAGACUCUUAAGCCUCUUCUGGAAAAGAGAAGGCGCGCGCGUAUUAACGACAGCCUGACGCACCUCAAGAGCCUCAUCCUCCCGAUGAUCGGGAAGGACAAUGCGCGCUACUCCAAACUGGAAAAAGCUGAUAUUUUGGAGAUGACAGUUCGUUUUCUGAGAGAUCUGCCCUCUGCUUCCUCUAAAGAUCCCGCAGAAAGCUACAAGGAGGGCUACAAAGCGUGUCUGCAGCGCGUCAGCUCCCUGCUCCCCAGGACCAGCCUGGACCAGAGCGCUUGCCAGCGCGUCAAUGACUUCGUGCAACAGUCCAUGUCCGCCAGCCUCACCCCCACCUGCCUGAACUGCUGCGGCCAAAGCUCCAGGAGCCUGCCCCAGCUCCAGCAGCGGCUCCAGAGCCUCAAGUCCAGCCUGAGCUCCAGACCUCAGCCUCAUUCCGCGGCCCCAGGGAGCUCGCAGCAGGCUGUGCACGGGCCCAUGUGGAGGCCCUGGUAG